AAAAAAGUAAAAUUACUUUCUUACUGCAUCCAACUUUGGCAGCUCUGCAGUUUAAGAUUCCUGCCCCAAAUGAUACUUUUCAUCGGGAGCAUUUUUAAAUUGUUUUAAUUUUUAUUGUUUUGCUCAUGUUUAUAAAAUACGGAUUUUAGGCAAACAAAUAUAUUUGUGUCAAUACCUUUAUUUGUGAACAGUAUUUAUUAUUUAAAGGCCUACUGAAACCCACUACUACCGACCACGCAGUCUGAUAGUUUAUAUAUCAAUGAUGAAAUCUUAACAUUGCAACACAUGCCAAUACGGCCGGGUUAACUUAUAAAGUGCAAUUUUAAAUUUCCCGCUAUUUCCGGUUGAAAACGUCUAUGUAUGACGUAUGCGCGUGACGUCAAUCGUUGAAACGGAAGUAUGCGGACACAUUGUAUCCAAUACAAAAAGCUCGGUUUUCAUCUCAAAAUUCCACAGUAUUCUGGACAUUUGUGUUGGUGAAUCUUUUGCAAUUUGUUUAAUGAACAAUGAAGACAGCAAAGAAGAAAGCUUUAGGUGGGAUCGGUGUAUUAGCGGCUGGCUACAGCAACACAACCAGGAGGACUUUGACUUGGAUAGCAGACGCGCUAGCCGACGCUAGCCGCCGACCGCAUCUAUGACCGGGUGAAGUCCUUCGUCGGUCCGUCGAUCGCUGGAACGCAGGUGAGCACGGGUGUUGAUGAGCAGAUGAGGGCUGGCUGGUGUAGGUGGAUAGCUAAUGUUUUUAGCAUAGCUCUGUGAGGUCCCGUUGCUAAGUUAGCUUCAAUGGCGUCGUUAGCAACAGCUGUGUUAAGCUUCGCCAGGCUGGAAAGCAUUACCCGUGUAGUUACAUGUCUAUGGUUUAAUAGUAUUGUUGAUUUUCUGUCUAUCCUUCCAGUCGGGUUUAUUUCUUUUGUUUCUAUCUGCAGUUAAGCCCGAUGCUAUCACGUUAGCUCCGUAGCUAAAGUGCUUCGCCGAUGUAUUGUCGUGGGGAUAAAAGUCACUGUGAAUGUCCAUUUCGCGUUCUCGACUCUCAUUUUCAAGAGGAUAUAGUAUCCGAGGUGGUUUAAAAUAUAAAUCCGUGAUCCACAAUAGAAAAAGGAGCGAGUGUGGAAUCCAAUGAGCCAGCUUGUACAUAAGUUACGGUCAGAGCAAAAAAAAGAUGCGUCCUGCACUGCAUUCUAGUCCUUCACUCUCACAUUCCUCAUCCACAAAUCUUUCAUCCUCGCUCAAAUUAAUGGGGUAAUGGUCGCUUUCUCGGUCCGAAUCGCUCUCGCUGCUGGUGUAAACAAUAGGGAAAUGUGAGGAGCCUUUCAACCUGUGACGUCACGCCACUUUUUUUAUCAGCGACCAAAAGUUGCGAACUUUAUUGUCUAUGUUCUCUACUAAAUCCUUUCAGCAAAAAUAUGGCAAUAUCGCGAAAUGAUCAAGUAUGACACACAGAAUGGAUCUGCUAUCCCCGUUUAAAUUAAAAAAAAUUCAUUUCAGUAGGCCUUUAAUUAUUGUUGUGUAACAGAUUGAGCACAGUAAAUUAAUAAACAAACGCGUUACAGAUUACAAUUGAAUGGAAAAGAGGUCGGAUUGAAUAACUGCUUCUUCCUACUCCUUUUCAGACAUGUUGCAAUGAGAGACUGGAAUAUACAAUAUACCAUAUUUGCAACUAUAUGCAUGUUCGAAACAAACAAGAUUCUCAAACUGUGGUACACCAAAAAAAUCACUUGAUUAAAGUACAGCGUUUUUGCUUUAUUCAAACACAGUGUCACUGUUCAAACUGUGUGUAAUGUUACAGUGAUCAAAACUAUUAAAUAUACUUGUUAAAUAAAACCCCUGCUUUGUUUUAAUGAUUACUUAGGCAUACUAAGCUACUGUAUUUUAAUGUUGGUCAUUAUGGUGGUACUUUGCCAAGUUUUUUCUGAGGUCGUGCUUGGUGGAAAAAGUUUGAGAACCAUGGUGAUAGAUAUAUAGAUACAGCAUUUAAGUCCCAACCUAAAACUCAUUUGUAUAGACUAGCCUUUAAAUAGACCCCCCUUGUAGACCAGUUGAUCUGCCAUCUCUUUUCUGCUCUGCCCCCCUCUCCUGCGUGGAGAGGUUAUUAGGUGACCACAGAUGAACUGCUAGCUGUUCAAAGUCGGGACCCGGGGUGGACCACUCAUCUGUGCAUCAGUUGGGGACGUCUCUGCGCUGCUAACUUGUCUCCACCCAAGAUGAGCCCCUGCUGGCCCCACUAUGGACUGGACUCUCACACUAUUAACCAGAUCCACUCCACCCCCCCACACCCCUACAAGGUUUCUCAUUGUAUCCCAUUGGGUUGAGUUUUCCCUUGCCCUGAUGUGGGAUCUGAGCCGAGGAUGUCGUCGUGGCUUGUGCAGCCCUUUGAGACACUCGUGAUUUAGGGCUAUAUAAAUACACUUUGAUUGAUUGAUUGAGAUAGAUCGAUACAUGUUUCAUCUCCAAAGACCAAGUCACAUUUCCAGCAGCUUGUAAGGGUAGAAACACACAAGGGCAUGCAAGGUUUAAAUGAAAUAAAAUAAAAGGCACCAAUAUUUUAUGCAACAAUAUAAUGUUAACUUAACGACAAAAUUAUGGACUCUAGAAAGAGGUUCCGCAGCCUCCGUAGCAGAACCUCCAGGUUUUGUAACAGCUUCUUCCCUCAGGCCAUCAGACUCUUGAACGCAUCAAAAUCCAUCCAUCCAUUUUCUUUCGGGGUCGCGGGGGGUGCUGGAGCCUAUCUCAGCUGCAUUCGGGCGGAAGGCGGUGUACACCCUGGACAAGUCGCCACCUCAUCACAGGGCCAACACAGAUAGACAGACAACAUUCACACACUAUAGGGCCCAUUUAGUGUUGCCAAUCAACUUAUCCCCAGGUAUAUGUCUUUGGAGGUGGGAGGAAGCCGGAGUACCCGUACACAGUCACGGGGAGAACAUGCAAACUCCACACAGAAAGAUCCCGAGCCCGGGAUUGAACUCAGGACCUUCGUAUUGUGAGGCACACGCAUGAAAAUAAUUCCCUCAAUCCCCCCCAAAAAAACGUAUUAACUCGCUGGAAUAUAAAGACAAUAUAAUAUUCAUCCAUAAACAUGGAUGCAUAUGAAAAACUGCAAUUUAUUUAUCUGUAAUCUAUUUAUUUAUAUCUGCACCUUAUUGCUCUUGUAUCCUGCACUACAACAAACUAAUGCAACAAAAUGUUGUUCUUAUCUGUACUGAAAAGUUCAAAUUGGAAUGACAAUAAAAGGAAGUCUUAAGUUUAAAAUAAUACAAUUAUUCACUUAAUAGUUUGAGCAAAAUACGCUUAAAAAAACAGCAUGACAAAUGCCCACCAUUGUCUCAUUCCCAAAGUUGUCUAACAUUAUAUAAAUAUUAACAAUAUAUUGGAACAAAAAAACAUUCUUAAAAUAAGAAACAUAGAAGGGAGCUGAAAAAAUAUCGACAUCGUGCCAGUAUUGAUGCGAUGCCGAUACCAUCCUGGAAAGUGCUGACAUUUGAAUUGCUCCGCGCGCCUCUAAUUAACAUGUAGAACAAGGGACGCGUUGAAUUGUGUUAAAUGUAAAUAUAACAUAAACCAGUAACGGUAUCAUCACUUUUGAUCAGUGGAUGAACCUCCUGUUUGAGUUUCAAUAAAGUUGUAUUUUUUUUUAUUUAUUUUUUUUGCAUGUUGCUGCUCUACUUGAUACUAUUUCCAGAAGUGUAUAUAAACUAUAACAAACGGACUUGGUGUAAGGAAAGUGUAAUUUGUCUAAGCAGCGUCAGCUGCGUGUCACUCAACCAGCUCGCCAGCGAUGGCGUCCACGAUUUCGCACAUUUAUGCCGAGCACCGAUGGAAGGCGUUGCUUCAACAUGAGCACGGGUCACAGUUCACAAGCAGGACACCAGAAGACGACAGAACAAGGUGGCUCGGAAUCCGCGCUCCUCUACCUUUUCCAGGAAGUCUCUAAACUCGGGUCCCCCGUGCACAGCAGUGUGCCGGACAUCGAUACUCUGUUGUCCUGGCAAUGCGUUGACGAGAUGAAAUAUGGCGCAUGUUUGCUUCAAACCUCCAGCUCCCCGUCCUUGCCGCCACUUUUUGAGCGUGACGAAAACAUGGAGGCAGCCGGAGCCCACAGCCCUUGGAGGGUGCUGAGUCUGAUCAACCUGCAGUGUAACAGGCUCAUGGAUCCAAAUGUAAGACCGCUGUCAUCUGCCGUGAAAAGUGCGCAAUAUUCGGAAACUGCUGAAAGUUUAGAGUGUGCCCGGAAAGCGGCGCCUGUUGCAGCGGCUUCCGCUUGUAUCGCACCAACGGAUGUGGAGGAAGAGGAGCACUUUGCUUCCAAAUCAUUCAAUCAAUCAAAAGCAUUUUCUCCGCAAAGAAUAGAAACUAACUUCAGUGUUGACAUGUUGUUGAAGAGGCGCCUUGAUGCUGAUCACCUUCAUCGUGCUGGAAGUUCUUUGUCACCGAAGCACGUUCCCCAUACUUCCUCUAGUUGUCAAAUUGAUUUCGACAUUGUGGAUCUAUCAAAGCCGGCUAUCACCCUCGACCACAAUACAAACAUCACGUGGCAGUGCCAUGCACAGCACUUGCCCUCAAAACCAGGUGACAAAAACAUGUCAUGGAAAUCAGAGAGUACACAUGAUGCCAUUGAGGAGAAACCUCAUCACUGCCACAGCCAAAAGCAACGCUCUCCUACCUCGACCGUGACCUCAGAGCAGAGGCCAAAGGAGGGAAACGAUCCCCUGGCAACUCGUCACGGUCCCUCCAAAAGAGCCAAAAUUCCCAGAAAACAACCCAAUCCCAGCCGCAGCGUGAAUAUCCAAGACCCGAAUUUGCAGGGAGUGAUGUUCCGCAUGGACACGGGGCUGGACAGCAGCAGGGAGCAUUGUCGGCUUCUCAUCACUUCAAAAUACAGCAAGGAGUGCCACAAGAGAGUGCGCAGACCCAGGACCAGGAAUCGAACCUCCCACAUGACCAGCAGCUCAGAGGAGGAGGCAAACGCUCAAAGGAGCAAAGUUUGUGCAUCUUGCUGCACCACAACGACCCCUAUGUGGAGAGAUGCAGAGGACGGGACCCCUCUCUGCAACGCUUGUGGCAUCAGGUACAAGAAGUACAGAGUGCGCUGUCACUACUGCUGGCAUAUCCCGAGAAAAGAAAGCAACUCCAGCUCGCACUGCCUCAAGUGUGGAAACCUGGUGAAGGUGGUCUCCACUCAGCACAAACACAACACCUAAAGAGAACACUUGAACGCCACAUUGCAACACACACCUUUCCAUGUUUAAGUAAAAUACGUUUUAGACGCCUGCUAAACUAAUUGUCAGUUAUCUGUGCUAUGUCUGAAAAUAUAAUUUAAAACAAAAUAAAAAUGUCUGUGUUAAAGGAGGUGCUUUUUGUUGCACCCAUUAAAAUAUUUAUAUCUAUUUUUGUAUUUGGAAGUUUGCUGUGUUUGGGCCAGUGUUUGUUUUGGGCCAAUAUUGUUUUUUUUCUGCUUGAUGUGGUGCACUGAUUUUUUUUUAGCAUGAGGGUUUUGUAAGGAUCUAAAAAUAUAAUUUUGUGUGAGCACUAAUGGGAUUUUUGGUCUGCAUUAAAUGCUGUGUAAAUAUCC